AUGUACAGAUACAGAACAGAUACAGAUACAGAUGCAGAUGCAGAUGCAGAUGCAGAUGCAGAUGCAGAUGCGUCGCGUGCUAUGCGUACAUACAUGUAUGAAGGGCUGCGUCACGCUGCGUACAAUCGUAUGACGAUACGUCGAGACGGUGGAGAUUGCGCCGUGAGUGUUUUAAUAUUUAUAAAUAUUAUUCUUUAUUCUUUAUUCAUAGAUUGUGCUAUUGAGAAAUUGCCAUUAAGAAAAAGAGAUGGAGCAAGAGUAAUCGAUGGCAGUAAGCAUGCUCACAAAAUGACUUCAGAACGAGAUGAGAUUGUAUUUCUCAAGCGUCCAGAGGGAAUUGAAAAACAAUAUAGACAAAAGUGUAAAAAAUGCGGUUUAUUGCUGUACUAUAAACACGAGCCAGGAGCAAAUAUAGUAUUUAUAAUGAAAGAUUCAGUAAUAAAAAGUUCUGGAGAGGGUCCUAUGACAGACAUUUAUAAUCAAGUAGCCAUUGAAAAACCUAAAAUAAUGGUUACAAAACAUACCAAAAAUAUGGGCAAAUUCAGUUCGGUUACUGUAUCUACAAUCGAUGAAGAAGAAGACGAAAUUGAAGCUAGGGAAGUUGCUGACUCGUAUGCAAACAAUGCACGCAUCAUAGAAAAACAAUUAGAAAGAAAAGGUAUGAAUAAACGAAAAACUAUACCAUCUACUGAAACGGAUUCAAAACGAGCAAGACCUAGAGGAACGUUACUCGAUGUCUGAUUUCUUGCCACAAAGCAAUUGUAAUUAUGUGUAUUAAUUUAUUAUCUUUUAUAUAUUUAUAAUUAUAAAUAAAUUGAUUUAUUUAUAUAUCAUAGCACAUAAAAAAUUGCUUUUGUACUUUCAAGCAUUUUCAGAAAAAUUACGAUGUAAUAAUUUUUAUGUAUUUCAAAAUUUAUCGAAAAAGUUACCAAUCUUUUUCUUCGGGACAAUAUAUCUUUUAUAGAAAUAAUUUACUUUUCUAAAAGCACAAUAAACAAAUUUAUUCUUGUAUCGACAUCUUUAUUAACAUUACACAAAAGAUAAAUCUUUAAAAUAUAUAAAUGACUAGAUACAA